CACAAGGAUGCAGAUGCGGACAACUGGAAGAGAAGUGCGGUGGACGGGAAUCGAGGGAGUGAUCCGGAGACUGUAGCAAAAGGAAUAAGUUUUUACAGGCGUUUACUUAGUCGGGAUAGUACUAUUGUCUCCGAAUUCGCUUGGUCGACUGGCUUGAAAGGUUUUCUGAUUCUGAACUGAGAAGAAACUGCACGAUUUGAUCGCCCUCCACUCAUGAAGCUCUUUUCUUCCUUUUAAAGCGAUUGCACUUUAUAUUUUUGGAAAAGAAAAUUAUAAACUGAACGAUCAAGACAUCUGUUAUUUUAUGUGAGGUUAACAAAAUUGGAAGUCAUCCGGUAACAUCCCCGUACCAGAAAAAGAAACUUUUUAAAGUCUGGCAGAAAAGCCGAGAGCCGGCAAAGUUUCUGGCUGAAAAUCAAAGUGUAAUAAAAGUGGAGUCGCGAUGCAUCCGAGGACUAUAGCCAACUGUCUGCUGAUUGUUCUUCAGUUGCAGAUCACAAUGGGAGACACCCAAGGAGUGGAGGGGGUACACCCGUGUAACAGAACAGAUGCCCAGUGUCCACAGUGCAAGGAGGGUGAGUUCCUACAGAUUUCCUUCAAUGACUCUAGUCUGCAGUGUAUCCAAUGUUCCUCCUGCAAGUAUGGCCAGGGGGUGAAGCAGAAGUGCACCUUGUUCAUGGACACCCAGUGUGAACCCUGCAUUAAUGGUAGCUCAUAUUCAGAAAAGGUCAGUCAGACAGAAGCCUGCCAGCCCUGCACUGUGUGUGAGGAGAGCAAGGUGCAGAUCCGAGAAUGCACACGUCUGUCAGACACACUCUGCAUGGACAGGAACCUCAGCAUUAUGGGACGCUCUGAUUUGGAAGUGGUCAGUAGUACCAAUCCUGGCUCACCAGACUUUAUCCCACAGGAAGACAGUGGCAAAAACAUCAUCCCAGUUUACUGCUCCAUUCUUGCUGCUAUUAUCAUUGGGCUGCUUUUCUAUGUAGCCUACAAAUGCUGGACAUCUUGCAAGCAGAAACAGCAGUUGGCCAAAGCUCGUGCCAAUGAACUGGGCUCGGCUGAAGCAGAGAAGCUACACAGUGAUAGCGGAGUUUUCCUGGAUACUCACAGCUUGCAGGAGAGCCAGCAGUUGAAGGGCAGCAAGCUAGACAACCGUCUCUACCUCAACAUGACCCCACAAAGGAGGGAUGAAGUGGAGCAGCUUCUGCAACUGCCCCCUGCUGGUGGAAAGGGAUGGCGUCACUUGGCUGCCCAGCUGGGUUACGAGCAAGAGCGAACAGAUGUCAUUGGCCGGGGUGAAGAUCCUGCACAUACUCUUCUCUCUGAUUGGUCAGGACAGGAGGGGGCUACGGUGGCAGCCCUGUGUGCCGCUUUGAAUCGGAUAGAGCGGGCUGAUGUAAUUGCAGCUCUCACCAGACCAGCCGAGGCCAACUCAGUAGUGUGACCAUUAAACCUCUGGAAAUCAAGAGACAAAAUGAGGACAGAUGGAAAGGGAUGAGGUGGAGCCAGAUGAGUAUUAAAGUGAUACUCAUUAAGAGAAGGACAAAUACAUCCAGGUUUGGGUGAGGACAAUCCAGAAGAUAACACCACAUGGCAGGGUCUUUCAAAAGGAAGAGACUUACCGCAGGGAGGCAUUGGACACAGCUCAGAGACGGUCUUCGCCAACCGGAAAAAUUGUGUGUUUAAAAUCUAGAUGACUGAUCUUCACCCCAGCACCUGUGCUAAGUUUUUACCAAGGAUUAUGGGCUGGUGUUUGACAGACAUAUUGAGUUCCUUCUUUUGGUUGUAUUGCUAGGUAGUGUAUGACACACCACAUCUCUUCCAAUUUCUCUCUUAUUAAUUGCCCAGGUGGCUCUUCAUAUUAGUUCAUAUUGAACAACAUGAACUGCCAAGAUUCGCUGCCAUAAGACAUUAAUGAUCAAAUUGGCCAAACACUGCUUGCCCCAAGACCUGGGCCUUACUCAGAGGACUGAAAUUAAAGACAAUUCUUCCAUUUCUUGUUAACAUGCACCCUGGCAAAGCAGUAUUUUGGUGCCCUCUGCUGGCUGGCUUGUUCUGUUCCUCACCUGGCAAAAACACAAAGUCACUCACUUGCCCUUCCUGUGUAAAUGUUACUGUGGCCUCAUAUUCCUCAUCACCUGUCCAAGUUUGACUUUAUUUUUUACAUUUUUUCUUUUAAUAUUAAUGAAAUAUUUAAAUACUUCAAAAUUCAGCUUUUGGCCACUUGCAAAGUAACUCCACAAUGGGACAACAAAAAUCUUUUCUGGAUAUUAAAAGUUAGUCAGUCUUAGCUGAAAAAUGGACAUCCUGGAGCAUCUUUGAAUAUCCCUCUCUCCAACCAACACUCAAGCAGAUACACCUUGAAAUGAAGUAGUGUCUGUGCCCACCAAUGAGUGCCAUGCUAAAAAAGAAAAGGGAUCCAUGGCCCACUACAGUCUCUUCUUUAACUGAAUUUGUGGCCUUAGUUUCUGUUUUUUUUGUUUUGUUUUGUUCCUUAUCCAGUUUACUCAAGAAUCUGGUUUUAUAAAUGUGUUCCAAGUAUUCUAAUUAAUGUUUUUGUAUGUUAAAUAAAUAUGAAAAGAUUUGA